CUCAUCUCCAAACUAGAAGUGUAACAGAAAUACAGAGCGAGAGGCAAAUCAAAACCUAAAAAUCUACAAAAUCAAAAUAAACAGAGAGAAAAUUCUCUCUCACUCUUCCUCGAUCUACGCCCAAUCAUCCCUUAAACCUAGAUCUGUUUCAUGCGAUUAGCCGAUUGAUUUAUGUGAAUUUCCCCUCCUCCGAUACGUAGGUGCAUCUUGUUUCACAGAUCAUCAUAGAUUUUUGCAAUGACGGGCUAUAUAAAGGGGAUCAACAGAUCGGCCUCGACGGCGUUCUCGCCCGACGGUGCGUACAUCGCCGCCGGGACGAUGGCGGGGGCGGUGGAUCUGCAAUUCAGCUCCACUGCCAAUCUCGAUAUAUUCGAGCUUGAUUUCGUUUCCGACGAUCGCCAGUUGGUCCUGGCGGGAACUAUUCCGAGCUCUGAGCGCUUCAAUCGGAUUUCUUGGGGGAAAGCCUCCGCCCAAUCGGAGGAGUAUCCGCUCGGUCUUAUUGCUGGUGGCCUGGUCGACGGCAACAUUGGGCUUUGGAAUCCUAAGCCCCUGAUCUGUAAAGAAGGUUCCGAUCCAAGUGAGAAUACGUUAGUUACGAAUCUCACAAGACACAAAGGACCUGUUCGUGGGUUGGAGUUUAAUUCUUUUACUCCAAACAUUAUUGCUUCUGGUGCCGAUGAAGGCGAUAUUUGUAUUUGGGAUAUUAACAAACCAGCCGAGCAUAAUCUUUCUCCACCACUGAAGGGUAGCGGAUCCGCAUCACAAGGUGAAAUUUCAUUUUUGUCCUGGAACAGCAAGGUUCAACAUAUCCUGGCAUCCACUUCAUAUAAUGGGACAACUGUGGUGUGGGAUCUGAAGAAGCAAAAGCCAGUUAUAAGUUUCUCGGAUCCAGCUAGAAGGAGGUGCUCUGUUUUGCAGUGGAAUCCCGAUGUUGCAACUCAGCUUAUUGUUGCUUCUGAUGAUGAUGUGUCACCUUCUCUCAACAUGUGGGAUAUGCGGAAUAUAAUGACUCCAGUGAAAGAGUUUGUAGGACACACCAAAGGUGUGAUCUCUAUGUCCUGGUGCCCUAUUGACAGCUCUUAUCUGCUUACGUGUGCCAAAGAUAAUCGUACUAUUUGCUGGGACACAGUAUCUGGAGAGAUUGUGGCUGAAUUACCUGCUGGAACCAACUGGAACUUUGACGUUCACUGGUAUUCGAAAAUUCCUGGAGUCAUAUCAGCAUCUUCAUUUGAUGGGAAAGUUGGCCUGUAUAAUAUUGAGGGUGCUGGUCGAUAUGGUCUUGGAGAGUCCGACUCUAGUGCAGCACCUCUGAGGGCCCCAAAGUGGUACAAGAGAAAAGCUGGAGUUUCAUUUGGCUUUGGUGGGAAGCUCAUUUCAUUUAAUUCUGCUGAACAACCUGCUGGAUCUUCAGAGGUAUUGUUACAGUAUUUUAGAUUCCUGCUGGCACAUAUUACACUCUCUGACAGUCUUUUCUAUAUCCAGGUCUUUGUGCACAAUUUAGUCACUGAACAUGGUUUGAUUAGUCGAUCUUCUGCGUUUGAAAAGGAAAUACAAAAUGGGGAUAAAUCAGCUCUAAAACUCUUAUGUGAAAGGAAAUCUCAAGAAUCUGAAUCUGAAGACGAAAGAGAAACAUGGGGCUUCAUGAAGGUUAUGUUCAAUGAGGAUGGAACUGCACGGUCAAAGCUGCUUUCCCAUCUUGGUUUCAGUCAGCCUAUCGAAGAAAGCAAGUCUGCGCAGAAUGAUCUUGCAGAGCAGGUUGAAGAUCUGAGUCUUGAUGAGAGUAAAACUAUUAAAACAGUUGUUUCUGGGUACAGAGAAUCUGCCUUGUUUGCAACUGACAAUGGGGAAGAUUUCUUUAACAAUUUACCUAGCCCCAAGGCAGAUACACCUGUGGCUAAUUCCAAGGACGGUGUUGUUGGAGACGCUGUAAAAGAAUCCCAUCAAGAAAUUGACGGACUGGAGGAGAGUUCUGACCCUUCAUUUGAUGAUGCUGUCCAACGUGCUUUAAUUGUUGGUGACUACAAGGGGGCAGUUGCACAGUGCAUUUCUGCCAACCGUUUGGCGGAUGCCUUGGUCAUAUCUCAUGUUGGUGGUCCUUCAUUGUGGGAGAGCACACGUGACCAGUACCUCAAGACAAGUCGCUCUCCCUACCUGAAAGUUGUUUCUGCAAUGGUAAACAAUGACUUAAUGAGCAUAGCAAACACCAGACCUCUGAAAUCGUGGAAGGAAACCCUUGCUCUCUUUUGUACUUUUGCACCGACAGAUGAGUGGACUCUAUUAUGUGACACUCUUGCUGCUAAACUUAUGUCUGCUGGUGAUACAACUGCCGCAACUCUAUGUUAUAUCUGUGCUGGAAACAUAGACAAAACUGUGGAAAUUUGGUCGAAGAAUCUGUCAGCAGAACAUGAUGGAAAGUCUUAUGUAGACCGUCUCCAGGAUUUAAUGGAGAAAACUAUCGUCUUUGCUUUGGCUUCUGGGCAAAAACGAUUUAGUGACUCACUGUGUAAGCUAGUUGAGAAAUAUUCUGAAAUAUUAGCAAGUCAAGGGCUUUUAAAUACGGCGAUGGAGUACUUAAAUCUUCUGGGGACUGAAGAAUUGUCUACUGAAAUCACUAUCUUGCGUGAUCGUAUUGCUCGUUCAACCGAGCCAGAGAAAGAGAUUGUGAAUACAGCAACUUAUGAUAAUAGUCACUCGCAAGGGGGAGCUGUAUAUGAUAAUAGUUACAGUGGUGUUGGCACUUCUCAACAUUAUUAUCAGGAUACUCGAGCAUCCCAUAUCCAACCAACCAAUGUGGGCAGUCAGUAUGAUAAUUAUCAGCAGGCACAUGCUGUUUCAUAUAGAAGUGCUUACAAUGCUCCUCCUACUUAUCAGCCAGUUCCACAGUCUAAUACUCCUCCGCCUCCUAUGUUUGUCCCUUCUCCUGCAACUACAGCUCCAGUGGCAAACUUUCUUCCUCCACCUGUUAAUGCUCCGCCUCCUGCAAAAUUUGUUCCCUCGACCCCUCCAUUAUUGAGAAACGCAGAGCAAUAUCAGCAGCCAUCAACUUUGGGUUCUCAGUUAUAUCCAGGGCCUGCUAACCCUGUUUAUCAAGCUCGCCCUCAGGGUAUACCUGCAUAUGGUGGUAACACAUCUCAAGUGGGACCAACUACUAGGCAAGUCAUGUCCCAGGUUAUGGCUCCUACCCCUCCUCCUACAGGAUUCAUGCCAAUCGGCAAUCCUGGGGCUCAAAGACCUGGCAUGAAUCCAGUUCAACCUUCUAGUCCUCCACCAGUAGCUAUGCAACCACCAGUUACUCCUGCUGCUCCCCCUCCUACAGUGCAGACUGUUGAUACGUCAAAUGUUCCUGCACAACAGAAGCCUGUCAUUGCAACUCUAACUAGACUCUUUAAUGAGACAAGUGAAGCAUUGGGCGGAUCGCGGGCAAAUCCAGCUAAGAAGAGAGAAAUAGAGGACAACUCAAAGAAGUUAGGCGCCUUGUUUGCGAAACUUAACAGUGGAGACAUAUCUAAAAAUGCUGCAGAAAAGCUCGUACAGCUUUGUCAUGCACUGGACAAUGGUGAUUUUUCCACUGCCCUGCAGAUCCAGGUUAUCCUCACAACAAGUGAUUGGGAUGAAUGCAACUUCUGGUUAGCAACACUGAAAAGAAUGAUCAAGACCAGACAAAACUUGAGAUAAAUUAUUCGAGCGUGAGUACUUGUGAUGUAGCAUCAAAUUGUAGUCGUUGGUUCAUGUUCAAGUGAGAGCUCUGUACACAAGAAUUUAUAUACAGUUUCUUGUUUUACUCUUUUGGGACAUGGCAACUUUUUGGUUCAAUUAGAUUGGAUUCUUUGAUAACAACUCCAACGUUAGAUGGUUUGACAGAGUCUGUUUUGGGCAAUUAUUAUCCAUAUAAUAUAUUUAGCGGUGAGAUGUAGAUUACUCUUUUAAUUAACUCAAGCACAGCGCACUGUUGUAAUUUUGUUCAAGGUUUGGGUAUACCAUCUUUUUAUGA